AUGCACGGUUUAUCCCGUGGGCUGCUUCCUUCUGGUCGGGAUCAUCACAUGGGAAAAACGCAGACCAUCAUGUGCUUGGCCUUUGCCGGGGAGCUUGUAAUGACCUACUACUCUUUGGUUUAUCCUGAAAAGAAGUCUGGACUUGACCCGAUUGCUGGCACGACGCUGACGAUAUUGGCGUUCAUGGCGAGCUCUGCUCUGCUAAAGGGAAUCUACCAGGCAAGUCUUAACCCAAUUGUUAUACCCACACCUCGUUUCGUUGGCACGCUUGAAAAUCCACUCUACAUUCUAGUAUGGCUGCUUUAUUCCGCGUACGAGUUCGCCAUGUUGAUUUCUGUGGCGAUCAACUCCGGCUUCCGACUGGUCAUCCUAGCCGAGUACGACACCUUCACUGUGGUGUCCGAAGGUGUGUCGCUGGUCUUGUUGUCACUCAUGCUGUUCAUCCACUACUUUGUCGUGGACUACUACAAGCAACUAGUCGACUACAACGAACGGGAGCGACAAGGAGAGAACAAUCGUUUGCGACAAGUGUCGGCCUGGCUGCGCAACUUUCCUCGCAAACACGACGAGUAUCACAAUAAUGCUGAUUUGCGCAGAACUGCCGCGACAACCCGACAGGAAACCGCAGUGCUGGGUUCCAGUGCACGCACCAUGACAGGCAACAAUAACCGUGUGGGCACUGUGACGACAGAGGACGACGUGUCGGUGGACAAUUCCAUCAUGGACACGGAUCGGUUGUCUGAAGAUGGUUCCUCACCUCCAACAGAGGCGUACGAAGAAGUGCACCUCCCGCCUAUCACGGACAACGACUCCAAGUCACGCCCCACUCAUCAUGGUGGACAUCGCCGAAGGAACGAAUCGCCGGACAGUUGGGACCAUUAUUGAUAUAAAAAAGAAGAAAGAAUCGCGUUGGAUCUGGAAGUGUGUUGUAUUUCUUUUUCUAUUCAAAUUUCGGAAAAGAGGGUUGUUUUAUGAUAUUUUCUUGCGAAUCUUCCGGUUCCUGACUAAAAAAAAAAGAGAAGAGUGAGUGACGACUGACGCCCCACCCCAAAAUAUAUAUGCCACCUAUUUAUACGAUAAUUUGAGUCAAACUUUGACUUUGAGGCGAACAUUUGAGCUAGAUUAUAGAGUGCAAAUUGCAUUGAAAAUAUUGUAGCAGCUGAUGAUGAACGCAUGCGUGAAAUAAAUAUUGCAUCUGUAUCUGCGAAAUCUCAUAGAACUUGCGAUGUUUCGAAAUUAUAACUCGAUCAAUAGUCUAUCCCAAAAGUAGUGAAAUGAUCCAAAAAUUCAAAGAGAAAAUCAGCCUUUACAUACGAUCCAUUUCAUUUAUUAAAGUAUGUUUGUCUCAGUUUUAAAUAAUUCUGCAUUUGUUUUUCAGACUUUUGAUAUCGGAACUAUAGUCCGCAUUUUCGAGUAACUGCGAAUAGUUUUUCAUGUAUUUCUUCUUCCUUUUUUUAAAUCUGCGGAAAGCUUGAAGGCUUAUAAUCACGCUGUAAACUGAAAUUUCUGUAAGACAGAAUGGCAAUUGAGCGAUAAAUUCUCUUGCUAAAUUCAAAUGUUGCCGAUCUCAGGCGGUGGAUGGAUUUUCAGUAAUUUAACCCACCGAUUUAAAUCAAGGAUAUUUUUUAUUCGGUAUAUCAACUGACAGGAACUUCUAAAAAAAAGGCACGAGUGGUAAUAGCUGGAAGACCAUUUUCAAAUACGGUAUUGUCCUAUAUAUUGACUGGUUUAUUAUGAAUCAAAAAUACGGAAUAGGAUUCGGAAAAAUGUACUUGAUUCUGAGUUUUGCAUGGAAAUAUGAUUGAAAGAAACGGACAUUUUCUGCAGAAGGCCGAAAUAAUGGAACCAAUCUGUGGUGGAUCCUGUGUAUCAUGAACUGUUGAUGUUACCAGUUAUUGAUGCUAUGCGGUGAUUUAUGAGAAAAGCUUUCUCUUUUUUUGUGUGUUUUUUUUUCAGUGAGCAAGCGUCAAUUUCAUGAAAGCACUCGUUACAGUGAAACUAAGCUUUCAGGAUUGAAAAUUCCCUUACGAAAUCGAAAUGGUCUUGUGUGUUUUUGCGUGGGGCACUUUUGUAGAAAGAAAUGUAUACAGAGAAAAGAUGAACGUA